AGGAAUUCAGGGUUGGUUGCACAGAACGUCAGGCUCAUCAAGAGGUGUUAUGAAUGCAAUAAGCCUCGAUGCAUAUACUCCAAGAGUAAACACUCCCUCCAAGAUAUGAGAGCAGUGCACAGAAUUCUGGAAAAGUAUGAUUACAGCUGUGGGUCAGAGAUUGUUCCAGAUGGUUUUGAAAACCUUAACAUCUGUGUAAGGAUGCAGUUAAACUGUAACUCACCCAUUGAGUUUCCGUAUUAUGCCGAGAACAAUACCUUGGGGGUCAACAAGACCAUCUGUUGCCACUGCGCAGGAGAACAGGCCGAGAGGGACAAGGAGACAUUAAAAAAAUUUAGAACUGUUCUUCCAAUUUGUGCACAGUGCAAAAGAAGUGAAAAAGUUAUCAUUAAGAGAAACCCAAUUUAGAUGCAAAUCAAAAUUCCUUUAUGUAAUAUUAAGAUGAAAGCGACAUGAACAGUAAUGUUUUAAGAAAAAAAAUGUAAUUGCAUGUCUAUGUUUUCUCAAGUAGGGAAUUUCUUUUCUCAAUUUAUUUA